AUGCUUAUAGUAAUUCCCUUGCUUAUAUCACUUUCCCCCUUUUGUUCUUCAAACCCAAUUCAAGACACCUUCCGUCAAUGUCUUUCUACCAAUACAAACUCUUUAACUCAACUUCCCAACAUCUUUUUCACCCCAAACAACACUUCCUUCACACCCCUUUUGAACUCAACCGCACAAAAUCUCCGUUGCAUCGCAUCAUAUGCAGCAAAACCCGAGGUCAUUUUGACCCCGUUACACGAAAACCACAUCCAAACCGCGGUUAUUUGUGCUAAAAAGCUUGGGAUUCAACUUCGUGUUCGAAGUGGAGGACAUGAUUACGAAGGGAGCUCUUAUACAUCCGUUAUGGACCCUCCAUAUGUUGUUCUCGACUUGGCUAAACUACGUGGCAUUGAUGUUGAUAUAGCGGAUGGCUCGGUUUGGGUUGAGGCUGGUGCGACUGUUGGUGAGCUUUAUUAUCGAGUUGCAGAGAAAAGCAAGGUUCAUGGAGUUCCAUCUGGCCUAUGCACGAGCCUAGGGGUUGGUGGGCAUAUUGUGGGUGGCGCGUAUGGUUCCAUGAUGAGGAAGUAUGGGCUUGGGGCAGAUAAUGCGCUUGAUGCGAAGAUCAUUGAUGCAAAUGGUAAUAUACUUGAUCGGAAAGCCAUGGGAGAGGAUGUUUUCUGGGCUUUACGUGGAGGUGGUGGGGGUAGUUUCGGGAUUAUACUUUCUUGGAAACUCAAACUAGUGCCUGUUCCUGAAACUGUGACGGUUUUUAAUGUUGGGAGGACUUUAGAACAAGGUGCCACAAAGAUUCUUUACAAGUGGCAACAAGUUGCCGACAAACUUGACGAUGAUCUUUUCAUUAGGGUGAUAAUUUCGACCGGAAAUAUACCAAAUACGACUCAAAGAACUGUAAGUACGACUUACAAUGCACUCUUUCUUGGAGACGUAGGAAGACUUCAAGGAAUCAUGAAAGAAAGUUUCCCUGAAUUGGGUCUGAAGAAAGAAGAUUGCUUUCAGAUGAGUUGGUUGGAAUCUGUGUUGUUCAUCGCCGGCUACCCAAGAACUGUUCCGACCAGCGUCCUACUCGCCGGGAAACCAGCUUUCUUGAACUAUUUCAAAGCAAAAUCAGAUUUUGUGAAAGACCCAAUUCCAGAAGUAGGAUUAGAAGGCAUCUGGGAAAGAUUCUUGCAAGAAGAUAGCCCAUUGAUGAUAUGGAACCCCUAUGGAGGAAUGAUGGGUAGGAUAUCAGAAUCAUCAAUCCCAUUUCCUCAUAGAAAUGUAAUUUUCAAGAUUCAGUAUUUGAGCACCUGGAUGAACCCUGAAAAAGAAGUGAUGAACAAGCAUGUCGAUUGGAUCAGAAAGCUUUACAAUUACAUGGCUCAGUAUGUUACGAUGUUUCCAAGACAAGCUUAUGUGAACUACAGAGAUUUUGAUCUCGGAAUGAAUGAUAAAAAUGGUGAUGACACCAGUUUUGUGAAGGCAAGUUAUUGGGGAACAAAGUACUUCAAAGACAACUUCAAUAGGUUGGUGAAGAUCAAGACUGAGUUUGAUCCGGAUAACUUCUUCAAGCAUGAACAAAGCAUCCCGGUUUUACCCUUGAAGAGUAGAAAGGGCCAAAAUGUACUAAAAAGAUUCAAGCAUAAAAAGGGUAAAAAGGUAAUUCAUCAUUAA